AUGACGGUUUCUUGGCCACUCUACAAACGGGAAGACUUGCACUCACAGUUGUUGGACAUCCUGAAACGUCGUCCACGUUGCGUUUCUCCUCGUGAGAUGGCAAAGAUUGUUGGUAUUGUCCGAUCUGCAUCUGAAAUUGCACCAUGGGGCAAUUUCUUGAGCUUUAACUUGCAAAAUGCACUGACACAGGCUGCCAAGAAUGCCUUCUCCGACAAACGAAGCUGGUGGACAUGUUCUCGUAUCUACCUAUCGCGUGUGGCAGUUGCUACAAUCCAUCAACUGUUGGAGACAUUAUUGGCGCCUGAGGACAGCCCACUUUGGUCUCGGCCUAUCGCUUUGUACCUGGAUCGUGACUACACUCAUCGUGCAUAUUCCGACGCAAGCUAUGGUGGCUUGGGUGGCUGGAGUGCUGAUUUCAGUUUCCUCUGGCGCCUGACCCGUGAUACUCUUGUCGAAGCAGGUUUUGAGAUGCGUGAAAUAAAAAUCUCAUCUAAUGACCCAGCGUUACCUGAUGGUUUCUUACACAUCAACCCAUUGGAAUAUCUGGGUGCACUCAUCAACCUUUGGAUCUGCAUCAAAUGUGUGAUACUUCUCGGCCCCAUCGAUGGGGGCUACAUUUUAGCUUUAUUGAUCGAUAAUACAACGGCUGUGUCUUGGAUGUCGACAGCAUCCAGGACAAAAGAUCCUCUUCUACAGGGACUGGCUCGAAUAGGUUCUGCAUUGCUUGUUGAAGCCUCUCAAUUACUCAUGAAAGUUUGUCCCAAACAUCAUCCUGGAAAUCAGAACGGAGCAGCGGACGCCCUAAGUCGACCACAACUUCAAGGAAAAGAUCACGAGAAUUCAUUGGCCUCCGUUAUCGCGGAAUGGUCCCAACUACAGACAUGUCGCAUCUGCCUUCUGCCUUUCGAACUGCUGUCCAAGAUUGCAUUGACGCUGAAAGAACCGCCGACAGGGGAUCAACAAGAACUUUCCGAGCACGAUUUACAAAAGUUAGAUGAUGCCGGUUGCAUCCUUGUACUUGGCACUUAUCUUCGUGAUGUCAAACGAGGUGACAACUCCAAAGAAAAAGAGGAUUUGAAAGCGGAUACACUUCGUAACUAUUUGUCAACAGCUCACAAAUACUUGCAAUAUCGCUUAGGUCGCCCUAUCCAAGUUAUGGAUCCUGCUUAUGGCGGCAAGCAAAAUCGGUAUCACCCAUUUCUCUUUCAGCAAAUUCAUGAUCGUCGUUGUUGGCAACAGAAAAAUGAACGAUACGAACCAUUUACCAUGGAAAUGUUUGUUGCGUUGCAACAAUGGCUUGCUAACUCACCAGAUCCCACUGCCACAUUCCUUGGUAAGGUACACUGUGUAUAUGAUUGGACCCGCUUAGGUAUUUUCACUGGUUUUCGGGCCAGUGAAUAUUCUCAAGGCGAUUUAGACCGUGGAAAACUGUUCAAUACAAUCCCACACAAAAAUGAUGUUCCCAAAGCGUUCCGGGGAAUGCCACUUGCUAUGAUGGCUAUCGAUUUUCGUUUCUUUGACAAGGAUUAUGUGUUGAUCCCACACCAUCAUCUGGUAACACGAUACAACCGUGGUGAUGUUGUGUGGCUUGAGCUUUGUUGGCGUUAUGAUAAGAGUGCUUUCAACUUUGUGAAGAAGCGCUUCAAGAUCACUGGCCACCAAAUUUACUGUCCUGUCGAUGCUGCUGUUUGUAUCAUUCGUCGCAAGACAAUGCUUGGUGUGCCUGGCACUUGCCCUAUUGGCGUAUGGAGUUCUGGCACCAUGUCUUCUUAUCACUUCUUAAAAUCCAGGGAGGUCUCUGAAGUGAUGCGCCGUUCCGUUGAUUUGGCAUAUCCCAAUCCAAACCACUAUAUGCGGAUUAACCGGCAUCUAAUUGUUCCUCAUUCCAAUCGGGUCACCGCAGCAGUGUGCUUACAAAAAGGUGGAGCCAAUAAUGACGAAAUCGCGUUUCGAUUACGCUGGCUUCCGAGCUCUGUGCCCACCUACCUCCGCGACUGCUUUCAAUCCAUUGGUGACACGCUUGAGCGAACAAUUCAAGGGGCAAUGAAGUUGACAUUUUCUUCUUCUUCUUCUCCUUCUUCUUAG